AUGGUAUAUAUGGGGGAGGUCCUACCCUUCUCCCCAGGUGACACCUCUCUCCUCACACGAAGUGCUCGGGACGUCGUCUACACCAACCCGGCAACCUACGACCAGGAUACAGAUGUAGAGAUAAAGAUAUUCUCAUUGAUCGAGCAAUAUGUUGAUACAUGGCACUGUGUUAGUUGGGAGGAAGCAGCUUUACAGAGGUUGGCAGAGUUUGUUGCGUCUGAAACAACCUCAUGCCCCCUUACCUUUCUCUCCCUAACUCAACCCAAGUAUCCAAGCCUAAACCUUCUUGGAACCCAGCCAUCAGCCGCCAUCCCUCUUCAAUUUCAUCGCCGAACUCUUCUCCUCCGGCAGAGGGUGCUGUCGCCGCAGGCGGAGACAGACCGUGGGUGCUAUCUGCUCGGCUCUCUUCUCAUCGUUCCUCCUCUUCUCGCCGUGGGUCGUCACUGCUUCUCCCCUCCUCGCUGUGGGUCGUCGCUGCUUCUCCCCUCGUCACCGUGGGUCGUCGCUGCUUCUCCCCUUCUCACUGUUCGUCGUUUCUGCUUCUCUGCUCCUCGCCGUUUUUGGCUGUCGCCCCUUCGGUUCACUGUCACCGCGAGCUCACUCUGUCUCACACUCUCCGAACUCACUCUGUCAUCGCCGUUCAUCUCUCGCCAUCUCUCCGGUUUCUUUCAUCAAAUUAGAGAAACUCGUUAUCUUAGAUCAAAGUUUUUGGGGAGAGUUGAUUAUGGCAGAGAUGUUUCUCUUCCACCAGCAAAUAUUUGUAAUUUGAAGAUUAAACCAAGAUAUGCAGACCCCAUUCAUACCAAAUUUGUGAUGUAUGCGGCGAGUAACGGUCAUCAUCUACGUUCUGAUGAUGGUUUGGCUCAGGAACCCUUUCUGCUAACAUUGAUCAAGGAAACCUUAUGGGGGCUAAAAUCUUUGUUUGUAUUUUUGGUUGAGCAACCUAGCCAACUAAAGUACAUAGAGUGGCCAAGCUUUAGUUCUACGCUGAAGACUGCAACUCUGACGCUUGUUCUUGUUGCGCUACUUAUUGUCGCCUUAUCAACCGUUGAUUCGGCUCUCUGCUAUGUUUUGGCUUUGUUUCUCCGUAAAGCCCCAUAACUAUACUUACAUUACAUGUACCAUAUAAGCAUAUACUAUAAUAUUGUAACACUAUCGUUGAUGCAUCUAGAACCGACUCAAGCAACUUAGCAUUUUCUUCCUUUUCUCUUUAGCAGACUAAUAAUUUAUGAAAGAUUAACAUAUUGAUAACUUAUGCUAAGUGCUUGGAAAAAUAGGCCUUAGUGGAAAUUUAAAUUAGAUUGCUUCACAGUUUUCAAGGUACCUUUAGGAUUUUAGUAUUUUUCGGACAACCAUAUCUAUCUCAGUAUUGUAUUACCGGAUGUUUAACCCAAUUAAAUGGUUUAUUGUUACAAAUUUAACUAUAGAGAAAAUCAAUUCCAGACUUUAAAGA